CCGCCGUAAUAGAAAAGAAGAAGAACCAGAAGAAGAACGUCAUCGUCUCGCGCCGCAAGAAAACGUGUGAAGAGAGAGAAUAAUCCACGUGAGAGCAUGGCAACGGUUCAGGAUCCGGAGAUCCAACUGGCCCAGAGGUUAGCCUCCAACGAGAGGACCGUCCGGACCAAGGCGAUGAAGAAACUACGGAAAUACAUCAGCGCCCGCUCACUGAGAGCCGCAGGUGGAUUCACGGGAGAUGAACUCCUCAAGUUGUGGAAGGGCCUCUUCUACUGCCUGUGGAUGCAGGACAAGCCUCUGCUACAGGAGGAGCUGUCCAACCAGAUCUCCACCCUCAUCCACAGCUUCCAGGAUCUGGAUAAACAGCUCAUGUACCUGGAGAGCUUCUUCCAGACCCUGAAGCGAGAGUGGACUGGGAUCGACCGGCUGCGGAUGGACAAGUUCUACCAGCUGGUUCGUUUUAUGUUCCGACAAUCGUUUGACGUCCUGAGGAGGAGAAACUGGGAAAGCAGUGCGGUCGGGAAGUUUUUGGAGCUGCUGAAGUGUCAUCUCCUGCAAAAGGACAGUGAGACGCCGUCGGGAUUGCUGCUGCACAUCUUGGACCUUUACAUGACGGAACUGGCAGCUGUUGGUGCUGAAGAGCUCACUGCUGAUCAGAACCUGAUUUUCAUAGAGCCGUUCUGCAGGAAAGCAGCCAAAACCAAGAACCAUGCGCUUUUCAGCGCUAUUUGCAAAAGCCUCUUCAGCACCAUCAUUGAACAGGCUCCUUUUGCUGUGGGGGACCUUAUGAAGGAGGUGAAAAUGGCGCAGGAGUCUGAUUCAGGGCAGGAAUCUGAGGAAGAUGACGAACAGGAGGAAGAUGAGAGGAGAAGCGCAGUCGGGAGUCGUUUGAAAGCAGGAGAAGAAAGUGAUGAGGAGCUGCUUCACAUGGAGGACGCCGACUCUGAGCUGUCAGAUGCAGACUUUGGACCGGUUCUGCAGUUCGACUAUGCUGCUCUGGCAGACAAGUUGUUUGAGCUGGCGAGUCGCAGCAACACACCCGGACAUAACCGACACAAACUCUACAGAGUCAUCAAAGUGCUGCGUGAUCUCAGUGAAGGCAUAUUCCCACAGGAUGAAUAUCCAGAGGAGGUUUCCACAGAUGAGGACGACGACAUGUUUGGGAGCAGGAAGAGGAUGAAGCGACCGGCUCGCAAUGAGGAUGACGAGGAGAAAGGGAAACCAGCAGGGAAGAAGAGCAAAGCUGACGCAGGGAAAUACCAGGAAACACUCGACAGGCAGAGUAACAACAUAGAAGCUGCAAAUGCACCUGUUAAUAACAAAAAGAAGAAGAAGAAAAAGAAGAAAACACAGAAUCACAAUGCCGACUCAAAACCUGCAGGAUGUUCAGAAGAUUCAGUAGAACAAAGUCCAUGUUCCACUUCAGAGGCUCCAUUAGAAACUCAGCUGCAGCCACUUCCCCCCACCAAUGACUCUGAUCCCACGGUGACGGACAGAAAGCAGCAGCUGACCUCUGCUACAUCAGACACGCCCUCUGAAGCACCAGCUGUGCUCUCUGGGAACAAGAAGAAGAAGAAGAAAAGGAAGAUCCUGAAAACUGAGGCUGAAACAGAGAGGUCCACUUCAGCAGGGGAAGGUCAGGAAGCCUCAGCCAAGGUUACUGCUGCGGCUCCUGGCAGGAGCAACAAGCAGCCUGCCUGGGACCUGCAGAGGAAUGACGUUACCACAGCAACGGAGGCUAAACAAACCGGCUGUGAUGAAGCAUCAGGAGACGAUUUAACGCCUAAACUCAAGACGACAGACGCUGCCACAUCAGCCAAGAAGAAGAGUCAGAAGAUGAAAAAGACUGUCACUGGAGAGUCACCACCAGCAGCAAACGGGAAGAACCGGCACAAAGGAGGGGAGGGGGCUGGCAGCCCUCAGAUCACAGCUGGAAGCCUGCAACGCAUGCAGAAACGCAAGAAGUGUGUGAAGCUGUCAGCUGACGGCGGCGGUGCAGACCCAGAGCAGUCGGCAGUGGAAGCUGAGCUGAUCAGCACUGCAGCCAACACCAAGAAGAGGAAGAUCACUGUGGAGUUUGAGUUUGAGGCAGAUGAGCUGGAAGGAGCUGCAGCAGUCGGCAGCAUAUCGGCAACAAAGAACAAGACCAAGAAAAGCAAAGUGAACAAUGUGAGUAUGUGAGAUCAGAAACUGUUCUUGGUAAGAUCAGGUUGUUUUUAGGAAAAUGAUAAAUAAAAAAAAUCGCU